AUGGUUGCAUCCACGUCGUCCUCUGCGCUGACCUUGUCCUCCUCCAAGCUCAUCGACGGGUGGCACAGGGGCAGAGUGCCCUCCAUGAAACGUUGUCAGUCCUCGUCACACUGGGAGGAGGAAAGGUCAUCGUCGGAGGAGGAGAUGUCAGUAGAGGAGGCUGUCAUUACCUCCUCUGAUGACGGUGGUGGCGAUGGGGAGAAGCCGGAGGUGGAGGAGGAGCGACGGUGGAGGACAAGAUACCAUGACGAUGACAGUGAAGAAAACGAUGUCAACUACGAGGAAGAGCAGGAUGCUGGCGACGAAUUCGACAGCGAUUUUGGUGAAGAUGAAUCUGAACCUGAUGAUGAACCAGAAAAGGAAGUACGUGAGAGAUUACCUAUCAAAAAGCGGCUAAUAUUCCCUGGCAAGACUUUGAGCAAGACCAAAACCAAGAAGAAGGUGGUUCCAAAACUAGAUGACGCAAAAACUGACAAGUCUGAUAAGCCAGGUCCAUCCAGACAAGCAGAUGUUCCUGAUGAAUUCGAGAAUGAGAAGACAAUCAGGAAAUCAACCAGAACAUCAGUCAUCGUCAGACAAGCUGAAAGAGAAGCGAUGCGUGCUGAAAAAGAAGCAAUAGUGAAGCAAAUUAAGAAGAAAAAGGAGGGAGAAGAAAAGCGAAUGACGCAAGAAGAGAUGCUUUUGGAAGCAGCUGAAACAGUGAUCAUGAACUUGAGAAAUCUAGAACGUGUACUUGCAAGGGAGGAGGAAGUGAAGAAAAAAGCUGUUGUUCAUAAGGACACUUAUGGCGGUCCUACAAUUCGAUUUUGGUCAAGAGAUGGGGAAUCGCAUCUGGAAUUCAUAAAUGGGGCAUCAUUUGCUUCUGAACUUUGUACUACGUCAGCUCCUUAUCCGGAGAAAUCUGUUUGUGUUGUGACAGGACUUCCUGCCAAAUACUGUGAUCCGAAGACAGGGCUGCCUUAUGCAACUAUGGAAGCAUUUAAAAUCAUCCGGGAGAGUUUCCUGAAAGAGGAGGCUGAUAAAAAGAGGCCAAAUAUGUCGAAUAUGGGAGAGCUUUUCGAAUCAAUAACCGGUGACCAUUUGACGCCUAAGAAGAGAAGAAUCGAGAUAAGAUCGCCAAACAUAUCAGCAGGUAGAAGGCUUGGAGGACGCUUCCGACGAAUACCUGCUCUUGAUACGACGGUGGACUGACGAAAGAUCUCCGGAGACUGGGUGAAACAUAGGUGUUGUGUUUAGCAUUAGAUCCUGAUGCAUUGUGCAGUUGAGAUCGUGCUGUCGCCAACGGUGUCUUGUAGUAAUCUCGAUAUAUUUCUGUCAGUUAAUGAAUUGUCAGAACAAUUAGCUAUGAACUUGUUGAUGUGAGCUUCAACUGUGUAUUACUGCAUCAUCAGUCAUCUCUGUGCA